AUGAGAAAAAGAAAGGUUACCCAAAUACCUAAGUACUUGUCCGAUGCGAGCGAAGGUGGUCUGAAGUCAAGAAACAAAGGUCCAAGGUUGUGUGAAGUGUCCCAAGAGCUUCCGGUGAACAGUGAAGGUUCCGAGAGUGGAAUACAGCGGACUAUGACUCAUAGCAAGGAAAGUGAAGUGCGAGUAGUUACUUUCGGCGGGCCAACAAUCAAAGUCAAACAGACACGGACGGGACAUGGUAUGGAGGAUCAGAAGUGUAUACAGGCCUUGGAAGGGGACGGACACCCUUCAGAUGACCUGGAUGAGCGCAUGAAACUCUCAGAAGGCAAGAGGAGUGCCGAGGAGUAUAAUGUGAGACACCUAUGA